AUGUUCAAGCUAGUGGUAUUGUCUGCUUUCCUCGCCGCCGUGGUGGCUGAGCCGGGCUUCUAUUCGCCGCUAGUGCCUACCUCGUACGCGGCCAUUGCAGCUCCUGCCGGCACCACCUACCUGCAGCACUCCAGCAGCUACUUAGCACCUACUAUCUACUCAUCCCUGGACUACCCUCACUUCAUCAAGAAGCGUUCGGCGGAAGCUAACACCGCCGCUGAGGAUGCAGCACCACAAACAACACACAAUAAGCGCUCGGUUCUGCUCGCAGAUCCCAUCAUCGCCCGCGCAUCGUACGACCCUGCCUACAUUGCGUCUGCUCCCUUGGCUGCAUCGUACUACCCUGGUGCCUCCUUCUACGGUUCCUACUAUCCGUCAUACUAUUCCGGCUAUCCUUCUGCAUUUCCUUUCAUAAAGAAA